AUGAGGCUGAUAAUUCAUGACAACAGCGACCAGGUUUCGGAAUGGGCAGCAAAAUAUGUUAAGAGGAAAAUACAAGCCUACCAGCCAAACGAAAAUAAAUAUUUCACUCUUGGUCUGCCAACGGGAGGUACGCCCUUGGGAAUGUACCAGAAGCUGGCAGAGUAUCACAAAGAAGGAAAGCUGUCUUUCAAGUAUGUCAAGACCUUCAAUAUGGAUGAGUAUGUUGAUCUGCCCAGAGAGCACCCUGAGAGUUACCAUUCGUUCAUGUGGAACAACUUUUUUAGCCACAUAGACAUCCUGCCAGAAAAUGUCCAUAUUUUAGACGGAAACGCCCAAGAUCUGGAAAAGGAGUGCAGAGAUUAUGAAGACAAAAUCAAAGCAGCAGGUGGCAUCCGGCUUUUCAUAGGAGGUAUAGGCCCUGAUGGCCACAUUGCCUUCAACGAGCCGGGCUCCAGUCUGGUCUGUCGAACCCGAGUCAAGACCCUGGCACAAGAAACAAUCCUGGCCAAUGCUAGAUUCUUUGGCAAUGAUUUAAAAAAAGUUCCCACCAAAGCCCUGACUGUGGGUGUAGGCACAGUCAUGGACGCUGAUGAGGUAUUAAUCCUGAUAACAGGCGCCCACAAAGCCUUUGCUCUGCACAAAGCUAUUGAAGAAGGCGUCAACCAUAUGUGGACGGUCUCUGCCUUCCAGCAACACCCACACACGAUAUUCGUGUGUGAUGAAGAUGCCACCAUGGAGCUGCGAGUCAGAACAGUGAAAUACUUUAAGGGACUGAUGCAAGUACACAACAAACUCGUUGAAGGCUAA